AACAGCAGAAGAAGAGUGCGGGAGCUGCACGUGUGACCACAGUGCGCGUGUCUGUUCAGAGGAGAAGGACCGGAGUCCCGCUGCAGCGUCCGUGGAACGCCGUACAUCAGAGAACAUGAGACCAGGGUUUAGUCCUCGGGGAGGAUUUGGUGAUCGAGGAGGAGGGAGAGGGCGGGGGGGACGAGGAGGAUUUGGUGACCGGGGAGGACGUGGAGGAUUCGGUGACCGGGGAGGACGAGGAGGAUUCAGAGGAGGAAGAGGUGGAUUCAGGUCCCCAGAAGGUGGAGGAUUUCGGGGCCGGGGUGGCGGCAGAGGCACCCCAAGAGGAAGGGGGGGCAGAGGAGGCUUUGGAGCAGGGAGGAAAGUUGUGGUGGAGCCACACAGACAUGAAGGAGUGUUCAUCUGCAGAGGAAAGGAGGACGCUCUGGUGACCAAGAACAUGGUGGUGGGAGAGUCUGUGUAUGGAGAGAAGAGGAUGAGUGUGGAGGAGGGAGAGAUUAAGACUGAAUACAGAGCCUGGAAUCCAUUCCGCUCCAAACUGGCAGCAGCCAUCUUGGGGGGAGUAGACCAGAUCCAUAUAAAACCCGGAGCAAAGGUCAUGUACCUAGGAGCUGCAUCUGGCACCACAGUAUCACACGUUUCUGACAUUGUUGGACCGGAAGGACUGGUCUACGCUGUGGAGUUUUCCCAUCGAUCGGGCCGUGACCUUCUCAAUGUGGCAAAGAAACGCACCAACAUCAUUCCAAUUAUUGAAGACGCCCGCCAUCCGCACAAAUACCGCAUGCUAGUUGGUAUGGUAGAUGUGAUUUUUGCUGAUGUUGCCCAGCCUGACCAGACGAGGAUUGUUGCUUUGAACGCACACAACUUCCUGAAGAACGGAGGACACUUUGUUAUCUCCAUCAAGGCUAACUGUAUAGACUCAACAGCGGCUCCAGAGGCCGUGUUUGCCUCAGAAGUGAAGAAGAUGAGUUCUGAGAACAUGAAACCACAGGAGCAGCUCACACUAGAGCCCUACGAGAGAGACCAUGCAGUGGUGGUGGGCAUCUACAGACCUCCACCUAAACAGAAGAAAUGAAGUGUGGGCGGAGGCUCAGGGAAACGGAUUACCAUUUCACCACCAUCUACUUUUUAUACUUUGUGUUGUCCUUUGCCCUACUCUGCACCGCCACCUGCCUAUCAUGCCAUGAAAGCAUCACGAGCAAUCGGGGUCAAAUUUGGCUGGCUUCCCUUUUGAGUCCCCUGACCGUUAACUGACCAAGCAUCCAACUGCUAGUCUAGCCCUGGUAAGGUUGGAGCACGUUCCAUAACAUCUGGGGCCCAUUCAGCCACAGACUUGAGCAAAUCAUGUUAAAAGUACAAGGUUUAUAAUGUAUAAAGGUUCACGUCUGGUUGGACCAGCCUUACUUCACAUCUGUUGUGCACAUGUGAUGCGUACAUAAACAACUGAUUAACAGGGCUGUGUUCCUGUGCAACUGUUAGAAAGUAAAACGACAGGAGUCCAGAGUUGUGUACCGUGUCUCCAGCCUUAGAUAAGUUGUGUGGGAAUAUUAAGAAUUCAUAUGCCGCUUCCUUGUGAACAAGGUACUUUCUACCCUGAGGAGCAUUUUCAACAGAUAUGAUAAACAGGACUUUUAUGCUGUUAUGCAAGUUUGAAUUACUACUACAUGGUUUGAUUUAGACUCGAGUGAGGUUUUGUUUGGUCAGUACUUUUAUUUCAGUAUUUUGUUGCUCAUCUGUGCUUCUCAACCUUUUCUUAAUAUCUUUUCUCUCUAAAACAUAAUUGCUCUUCUGAUUACUGCCUUAUCAGGCUGCUUCUGAUUCCAGGUAGCACAAUCCCAUAAUGGUAGGGAGAGCCCUAUUCCCCACAUACCACACCUCAGAUAACUAGUUAUUUUAGUAUAUAAGUUAUGUCAGAACUUAUGUAUGGCCAAAUAUACUGUCUAAAUGUUGGGUGUACUAAUGGCACAAAACCCACACUUUGUAGGUAAGGAACCCUUGAGGCUGAUUUGUUUAGUGGUGAGGAGGUAAACUUGACCCUGUGUGU